AUGCGAAACCCUCCAGCCAACUGCCGGUACAUGGCAAGUAUCGUAACUGAUACAGCUCGAGUUGGACAAGACAAUCCGCCUUUUGUAAAGGCAGAUGUGGACCAUGUGCAAGGACAGGCAGUGUUCUCUUCAAAGCAGUGUGCGGUUGGACCAAAGCUACAAAACUACGAGAUCAUAGGUUUGGCAACAGCGGAGCUUGCCUACGAGCGUGAUCCCGGUUCCACAAUUGUCAUGUGUUAUUGCAUCCAGCGCAUGUUCUUAGAACCCGCGGUCAUGCUGGAAUUGGACGCAGAGGACAAGGUAGCCAUUAUGUGCUCCAACUUCACCGACAUGGCGGAGGGGAAUUACCACAGGUCCUGGAUCCGUGUGGGUGUGAUCGUCGUUUUCAACGAACUUUUUGAGGCGACAAUCCGGCACACAUCCACCACAGUUCGUUACAAGGACGAGACUACACGUUUGGUGCGACACUUCAAGAAUCUCUUCUGGUUCUGGCUUUUGAACGCAGCUGUGAUGCCUGCCCUUGUGAGUUGCACCAUACCUGCGGCUUGGGGGUGGCUGAACCGGGAACUGGAACUCAGCACUGUGCCCCAUGGUGGCAUGUCCAUGAGGGAGUGGCACGGCUGGGUGGGCAGCGUCAUCACGUUGAGCAUGGCUUGUCGUGUCUUCAUCCCACAGGUGCCUGACCUAAUUGCGGUUUGCUGCCGAAGAUGCAAUCGAUACCGCAAGGCUCGGAAGAUGAUCUCCCAGGAAGACCUGAAGAACCUCUAUGUGAACCCUGGGUUCCGCAUUGCAGAGGGCUUCGCAGAGGUGACUGUGACGGCAAGCAUUGCAAUGAUUUUUGGUCCAGCGCUCCCUUUGCUGAAUGUGCUAGCUGCCGUGUCCUGCUUCACACGUUACUUGGUGGAUUGGUAUAUUUUCUUGCGACACUCUCGACGCCCAGCUAUGUACGAUGAAAUCAUUGCCCGAGUGUCUGUCAACCAUUUGCUCAUGGCCUUGGUGUUCCGCUCUGCUACCAGCAUUUUGGUUUGGGUGGAUCCGACCCUCUUUGCAUCUGAUGUGGAGGGCUGCAGUUUCGAUGAGACUGAUGUGGAUUCACUGCGAGCACAGUACUUCCAGCUCGUGGCCAAGUGUCUUCCUUCUGGCUUGCGGGCCUUGUGA